AGCGCUUGACUAACACGGUAAACAUUGUAUUGAACCAACUCAAUGUUUUAAUCAAUGCUGGAAUUUAGCAAUUACGGAAUUUAUUUUUAUGCGUUUAAUAUUUAAUAACGUUUUGUGAAUCUGCAUGUUCCACUUUUAAUACCCUAUUAAAUGGGUGUUAAAUUACCGUAGCCUGUUGCUCCGUGUUCCGUGACGAAUUACGAGUUAAAGAGAUAUAUAACUUUUUGUCUUUUAGCCUAUAGGGGAUAAUACGGUGCCAAAACAGAGGUUUGCGGACUACGGUUUGGGGGGACAAUAUUCCUUCCAGCAGGAUGUCAUACGAGAAUACAGUUAAACCCUGGUCCGGGAUGUAUAUGCAACAGUCGACCUACAAGCAUGACUUUGUGCCCGCUAAUGGGAUUUCUCCAAGGAACAGACAGACAAACUACCCAUACGGAGCAGAUGCACCCAAAGCCGACAUUGCUCCUCCUUACACCAACUUCCGGCCACGAUUCAGCGACCCUCUCCCUCCGCAUAUUAGAGAUCUGGAUGGCCAGAGAUAUGAUGAUCAGCCCUUAACGGAUAGGCAAAGAGUCAAGAGAGGAGAAGAGUGGAUAGGCGGGAGACGAUACGACGAGCCCCUAACAGACAGAGGCGUCUAUAUUCCACCUAGAAAGCAAUAUUAUGAAAGGGAUCGAGGAAGAGAUAUCUCACCAAAUAGGAGAGAUGAUAGAAUGUAUAAACCGGAAGAUGGUCGAUACACCUCAUUGGAUAGGAGAGAUGACAGAAUGUAUAAUAUACGGGACGAUGGUCGAUACACGUCACUCGAUAGGCAAAAUCUGAGGUUGAGACGACACGCUUCACUUGAUAGGUAUGAUUUAAUGGAUAAACGGAAAGAAAACCUAAAGCAAUACAUCGCAGAUAGGCGGAGGGGGACAGAUGAGGGAAGGUACCAAGACAGAGGAAUGAACGGUUCCCCAGAACGGUAUUACGAUAGAGGACGUGACCUUGACCGAGGUCGAGGUUAUGACAGAGCUAGGGACGGAUCCCCCAGCAAGUUUAGGGAAUACGAUCAGGGUCGGAAUGCGUAUAAUGGUUAUAAUGAUCGGUAUUAUGAUGCAUCACGUGAUAAAUUUAAAUAUCCAGACUGGUACGAGCAGCCAGUACAGCCCGGGAUAGAAAGUUACGCGGACCACAAGAAAAUGGCCGACAGAACAACCUACAAGGAUUAUGGGGAGUUUCUACAAGAAAAAAUCAAAAUGGAAGAACUUCGAAAGCAACCUUUGGAAUAUCCUGCAGCUAAUCUGAAGGGACAGCUGAGCCACAGAGACACCUAUCGGGAGCAGAUGUACGGACCGGACAACGAGAACAGGUAUUACACCAGGGACAACCAGCGGUUCUCAAACAGAGAUAGGGAAAGGGAACUGGAGGCCCAGAUUAGACGGGAAAUGGGGAAAAUUGAAAUGCAUGACGGGAAUUUCAAACCAUGGGGAAGAGAUGCUUAUCAGAAUCCCUCACAUCAUCCGCCCAAGUCUACCAACAGUGGUGUCUACCUCUUUGUCAGAACCAAUAAACUCGCCAAGGCUGAUGUUGUUAAAGCGCUUCAGGAGGGACGUUCUGUUCUCGCCAACUCGUACGGACAACUCAAAGGCAUCGCCACUAGUAGAGAGAUUCAAUUGCUGGAGGGAAACGAGGGUUGGGAUAUCCAUGCUCACAUCACACGCACCGGCGACUACUGGUUAGAGCAGUCCCGAGAGUCCACAGAAAUCAAUGACAUCAUCAUCGUUAUCUGGUUCCCGACCUUUAACGAUGCGGAGAAAUGGGUCAUCAGCGAAAAGCACUUCAAGAUCUCUAACUACCCUGACCCGUACGGAAGUGACGUUUUAAUCCUGCCGUUAAAUGAUAGUCAGCCUCAGGAGAGGAUAGCGUACACGUACUUAAUGACGGAAUAUCCACGGACAAUGGACUCGGAUCAUUUCCGUGACGUCUUUGCUCCUAGGAUUCGGGCUCUACUCCAGAAGAAGUACGGUAUAAAUGAGUUCUUCAUCCAGUCUGUCGGUGCCAAAGUGAUCCGCGGGAGCUGGCUUAAAAACAACAGUAUUGUCACCGGCAUCCAGUUUCGGAACCGGCGGGAAGCCCAGGAUUUCUUCUUUGACCCUGAAUAUAGGCAAAUCCGCCAGGACAUUCACAGACGCAUCGAAAACCUUCCGUUUUAUACUAACAGGUUCAAACCGGUUAGUUUCCUGUUUACCUUGGAUGCUUACGUGUAAACUUCCGGUAAGCCGAGGACAGUCUUUGUAAACCCCCUGUUUACGUUGGAUACUUAGUGUAAACUACCUGAUAUGUACGUGUUACCUAGGAGAUUAAGAUUUCUUGACCGAAUUCUUGACAGCACGAUAGUAAAGUGGACUAUAUUAUAUAAAGAGUAAUUAUGCUUUUUAAUCUAUUCUGAGUCAUAAUAUAUUUCCUACACUGCAAUUCACAUUUCUAAGUAGAGUAGAAUAGUGUUGCAAACACAGCGUAGAAUUCAUCAGGAAUGUCACCCGUCCAGUGUUAAGACAGCCCCACGUUGUAUCUGUUGUUUUCUGUAGUCUAGCUGUACACCGCUGGUGUAGGGGUGUGUUGUUGGAUGGAGAAUGGGAACCAGUUUAUCUCCAGUGUCUCCUUAGUGCUCAUAUUAACAUAAAUCAUGUGAUAUCUAUACAUUUGUUAUCAUUAUUAUACAGAAAUCAAUAUUUUGUAUUACGUUUUAUUAAAUAUAUUCUGAUA